GAGAUGAUACAUUUAAUGAUAUAUUAAGAGUGAAAAAUAUCAAAUAUUAAACUAAAAUAUGACGGUCAACAAAUUUCACCAUUAAAUGUUCCGUAUUUGGUAAGAUUGAUGGCAGCAAUCUUACAAAGGAAUAAGAAAGAAAUGGAACAAACAAACAAACAAGAAUCGAUUGUUCAUAUGACAACACCACAAACAAAUAUUUUAUUACAUGUUUUUAAGAGGCAAAGUUUAUCCAACAAAUUUAGAUUGCCCGUCGUCAAAACGUUGAAACGCUCGUAGCACUUGAACGGUUAAUGAAUAUUUGACUCAAAUUGGAAACAACACAGAAGUACACAAAUGCAUUAAUUUCUAUAUAUUCCCGGUGAACGUAAAGUAGAACAAUGGCGUCAACCAAUGAUACAUCAUCCGAUUCGGGAUAUACGUUAAGGUUUUCCUUACCAGUGACAAUCGUUUUAGGGAUUUUGAUAAGCCUAGUUGUAAUUAUUACGUGUCUGGGAAACAUAUUGGUUCUCGUGGCCAUGAAAUAUGAGAGAAAACUGAGGACAUAUAGCAAUUAUCUUAUAGCUAAUUUAGCGGCAUGUGACUUGGUUGUAGGAGCCAUAAACAUUCCAAUGUAUAUUCCAUAUUUGUUGCUACAACAUUGGCCGUUUGGUCAAGGCUUGUGUAAGGUUUGGCUCUUGAUGGACUACAUUACACCUGCGGCGUCUGUCAUUGGUAUCGUCCUUAUAAGCUUGGACAGAUACCGCAUCGUGUCGAACGCACUUGCUUAUAAGGCGUCACAGAAUGCAACGCUCACCAUCGUCAGCAUGAUUCUCCCGUGGCUGGUGGGGUUCCUCACGUAUGGCAUCGCCAUCCUCUUUUGGGAGGUCGGAACGGGAACGCGUAUCAUUCCGGAGAUGGAAUGCUUUAUACCGUUUUACGAUAAUAUUUACUUUCUGUUGUUUGGGUCUGCUGUCGAGUUUAUCGUCCCAUUUUUUGUGAUGUGCAUACUUAAUUUCCUCAUUUACUGGGAGAUAAGGAAACGUUCUCGUGGUGUACUUGUUCGUACAGGAAAGGUUGUCCCAGUUUCCAAUGACACAGUUAGCACAACUGCUAAUUCCACAGACGACGGAGCAAGCGUUGCGGGAGGAGAAAAGAAAGGGGAGGUCAAACAAACCACAGGAACUGUACCCCAAGCACAGCCAAAGAACAGUUACCACAAGGACCGUAAAGCAGCGAUAAAUGUUGCAAUUUUAGUUGUGGUUUUUGCAAUUUGUUGGGGACCAUAUGAAAUCUCCGCUUUGAUCUCGGCAAUUUGUCCAACUUGUGUGAAUCCUGUAUUGGCGGAUAUUGCCUUCUGGAUGCUUUGGUUAAAUUCGACUGUAAAUCCUAUAUUAUAUCCAUUUUUAAACAGAGGUUUUAGGAAUGCCUUCAAAAGUAUGUUAUGUAAAAGAAGAGGCUUGUCAUAGCCAUCCAAGCUUGGCUUUACAAUCAUAAAGAUCACGUAAAUGGAUGUGCUUCACAAAGAAGACAUUUUUGAAGCGUAAAUAAAUAGACACACUUCGUCGUGCUCCGAUACACAUGUCCAUGGAUAUUUAUGACGAGUGUCACAGUGGAAUCAACAUUGGUGAUUAUAUUACAUUGAUUGAAAACGCUUUUACUGUCUCGUAAUUCUGUAACACAAUACUACGAAUACUACGCUAAAUAGC